UUCAACUGAAGAGAUCAUUAGCAACGAUCUGUGAGGAUAUUGAUCGAGCCGAGCUAAUUGUCUGUGACCACGAAAAUACACCACUUCGUUUACUAUUCGAGAAGAAUCAAAAGAUGUUGGACACAAUCAACAACGAAGAAAUUGGUUUUCUGGAAGAACCGAACCCAACAAAACCAAGUCGAUGUGUCGUCAAAGGCAGAGGACUUGAGUCAGGAAUAGCCGGACGUGAGGCGCACUUUCUACUGACCACAAACAACUCGAGAGGAGAGCGGUGCUAUAAUGCGCAUGACCAUGUAACGGUGGAGAUUAAGGAUAAACAAGGACGAGAAUGCGCGACGGAAGUACACCUUGAUCCUAAUCAAGAUGGAACAUACAAGAUUGGUUAUUUUCCCCAAGUUCCGGGCAGAUAUGAAGUGACAAUAAUGGCAAACGGGGAACAUGUUCAUGGCAGCCCUUUUGCUGUACAGGUACAACCAUUUAAGGUUCAACCUGUUUUAUCUUUUGGAAAACACGGCUCGUCCGCUGGAAUGUUUGUACUUCCUUGGGGUGUGGCAGUGAAUACCAAGGACGAGAUAGCAGUCACAGAUUUUGAUUGCAAUAGAGUCCAAAUAUUUAACAGCGAUGGAACUUAUUUGCGAUCCUUUGGCCGGUUUGGCACAAACAAGGGAGAAUUUAAGAAACCGACGGGCAUAGCUUUCAGCAAAAAUGGAUGCAUUUUCGUAGCAGACAACAACAACAGUAGAAUACAAACUUUUACUGAAAUGGGCGAGUUUGUGGGAAGCUUUGGUGAAAAAGGAAGCAUGGACAAUCAGUUCUCUGAUCCUUGUGGUUUGUCUGUAGACAGUGAUGGCAACAUCAUUGUUGCUGAUGCAGGUAACAAACUGAUUAAGAUCUUUACUCCUGAUGGCACGUUCCUGAUGAAAAUUGGAGAACAAGGCUCUUUUUUCUAUCCUAUCCACUGCGUUGAGUGCGAUAACAAUUUCGUAGUUUCGGACAUGAAUGAUAAUUGCCUCAAAGUUUUCGACAGGAAAGGAAACUUCAAGUACAAGUUUGGACAGCUUCGCACUCCUAGAUGCUUGUCAUUAACAACGUCAGGCCACCUAAUAGUUUGCGACUCAGAUAAUCAUAUUAUAAAAGUAUUUGAGCUAAAUGGAACAUUUGUCGGGGAUUUUGGUUCAAAAGGCAACAAUUUAGGAGAAUUUGAAGUUCCAUGGUCCGCAGCAGUUUUAAACAAUGGCCGAAUUGUAGUGUUUGACCGAGGUAAUUCAAACAUUCAGAUAUUUGAUUGACAACAAAACUCUCCAGGAGUUAACUAAUGACAUUUUCACUGAGAAACAAAAUUUGGAAUAAGAUUUUAUUAAAUAUAGAGCUACGGAGGCAAACAAUCUUUUCAUUAUCCACAACGUGUAAAAAUGUAUGUACAAAACAGAUUAAUACUCCUGAGUUCAAUAACGUUAUCAUAGACUAAAACUGAAACGAAAAAACGAAAAAGGAAAAAAACCAAAUGGGAAUUAUUUAGCAUAUGAAACUACCCGCCGGCUGUAUGCCCGUUAGCCGAAUUAUUUUCAUAGAAUUUCUACUGAUAAAAUUAAUUUAAUCUUCUUGAGAGUAUUACUUGUUCUUUUUAAAUUUCAAUUUAAUCCAAAAAUUAAUAAAUAAAAACAACGAUAAAAUAUAUGCUAACGCUGUAUGCUUAUGCUUCAUGUUAACUUCGAAGUUGGCUUUUCCAUGGUUUUCUUUUUUUGUGACAACGUUUACUUAACGCAAUGAGGUAAACAGUCAAGAGAACCUGGGAACACUUAGAUUGAUCAAAACAAAAUAAACCAGUUCAGUCAUCCUUUUAAUACUUGUACUUUGCCCUAAAUUGGUUUAAGUAUUACUUGAUUUGGGAGAAAAUAAAAUUCAAUUUCCCUGCAGGUGAACAAAAAUCGAAACUGAUCCAAGAACUUAACAUGGCACAAAGCCAAUGAUGCGCUCACAAGACUGUAAAUAGAGGAUGAUCAUUUGCAGGAGACUGAAUCAAACGAAAUAAAUGUUUUACUAGCCGCUAGCAGUGUGUUCUGUAGAUUGCUUGGGAAAAUAUAAAAUAUUUUAAAAUUCAUAGACUGCACAUCUCAUAGACAACAGAAAUAGUAGUCGAGGGCUAGGAAUUUUACUUCACAUUAAAUUGAAAAAAAAAAAACAAAUUGAACCCUAUAACUUCCAUGAGUGACCAAGAAAGA